AUGUUCGGUGGUAAAAUGAAGAAAAUAAUCGAUUUAUUUGAUGUCGAAUUACUAAUUAAAAGCUUAUUCUUGUGGGUAUUCCUUUACUCGAGUUUUAUCGCUUUGGUGGAAGUAACUUUAUGUUAUAUUCUGUUUUCUGUUUUCAUCUAUGCUUUCAUUUUAUACUUUUCUCUUACGCCUCCGAAUGAAAAAAUAGUGAAAAAUAUAUUCGGCGAGAAUCCACGAAUCCGAUUACGUGAUUCAACGGACUUGAGUCUCGUUAAUAACUCUGAGCUUAACCGAUCAUUUUCUAUUGCUCAUAAUGCUGCAGUGCUCGAUUUUAAUGAAAAUAACGCAGAAGCUCUGAGACUGUGUUCGAAAUAUGGGUGUCAACUCAUCUUUCUAGACGUCCAUGUAACCAAAGAUAAUGUACUAGUCGUUCAAAGAAAUUUUAAAUUUCGUUUAGAAAACGAAGAUCAUAAUGCUACGAAAUCGAUACCGCAAUAUAACCUGAAUGAUUUUAUAUCAAAACAAAAGCCUAAUCUCUGCACUUUGGACGAAAUCUUGCCCACUGUUGAAAAUUUGGACGUUAGAAUUAUAUUCAACAUUAUCCAUCCUUAUUAUAAAAGUUCUAACUCUGUUAUCUCUGCUUUGUUGAAAAUAUAUGAGAAAAAUCCAUUUUUGUACCAGAAGGGUGUUAUUUGCUCCUCGAAUCCUAUCAUCUUGUACUCUGUUCGAAAAAAUGAUCCAUCCGUGAUAGUAGCUCUGAAAUGGUCAGAAAAGUCAGAACAGUCCCCCACUUCUGUAUCUAUUAGUUGGUUGAAAAAAUUACACUGUAGCAAUUCGGUGAAACAUUUCAUUUUGGAAUACGUUGAUUCAUGUUCUUGGUGGCUUCUCAAUCAUUUCUUUUAUCGUAUUAUUGGAAUAUCAGCUGUAAUCCUUCCAAAGAAAAUAAUUACACCAAAAAUUGUCGAAGAUUGGGAUAGGAAAAAUGUGCGGUGUAUUGUUGGUAUCGUAAACUUAUCCAUGGAAAAGACAUACUAUGCAAAUGCUUUAGGAGUGCCUUUUCUUACCGAUACGUUAUUGAAUGUGAAUUGAAAAGUAAUCUUAACAAAGAAGAAAUCUGAUAACGAUGAGUAUAUUUAACUUUCAUUUUUUUCUCAAUUUCGGUUAUACUUACUGUUAGUUCUUCAAGUAUAUUAUGCAACUUUCAAGAAAUAUUUGUAUGUUAAUUGCACAAUUACGCAUUUUUACUUAAUCGAGGUAUUUUUUAAAAAAAUGUAUACGUUUUGUACCAAAGUGUGAGUUUUUUAAUUUAGAUGAAAAAACUGUGUUCGAUGUACCUGUUUUAACAUUUUCUACCUAUCUAUUUUACUUUCAACAGUUUUUUAAAAUAAAUUAUAUGAUCUCUUUUAUAAAUACAAUUUGUAAGUCAAAAAUUUCAUUUUAAUAAACGUAAAAAAUUUAUUUUCUUU